ACAGCUACUAGAGAAUUAGAAGAAGAAUGUGGAAAUCAUAUGGAUAUUUGGUUCGUUGGAAGAAGACCAAUUGGAUAUUAUAAAUAUGAGUACCCUGAAGGUUAUAUUAAAGAUCUUGUUAAAUAUACUGGAGUUAAGGUGUUUUUCAUGAAGGCUCACAUAUUUUCAGGUCAAGUAAGAAUUGAUAAUAAAGAAAUUGUGGAUUUUGCUUGGGUUACAAAACAAGAGAUGGAAAAUUAUGUACAUCCUAAUUUUUAUAACGCAAUCAAGGAUAUGCUUUCAGAACUCUAA